AUGGAGGAAGCAGUUUCCUAUUAUACUAUUAUACCAGAAUCGGAUUUCGACCUUGAUAUCCUCAUAACGAAGAUACCGAAACGAAAACCGAUUUUGAAGUUUGACUGGACAACAGGAGUGACCGUAGCUGCUGCUGCUGGUUGCGGUAUUGCUGCUUCUGUUGCUAUUUUUGCUUAUAACAAAUACAAAAAUCUCAAGAAACAGGCGAAACGGACGGAACAAGAAUUAGAAAAAGAGAAGGAAAAUGCUGUUGCAGAAAACAGGAAAUUACGGACUUUGCUGGACGAGAGACAAAAUGCAAUCGAAGAGGCUGAAAGAAGGAUGGACAAACUUGUAGCUCAAAAUGAAGAGGAGAUCCUCAAAAGGGACGAACUGAUAGAAGAAUUGAAACUCGAAAAUGAAGAAGUCAACGACCAGCUUGUCGAAUUUAUUCUUCGGGAGUAUGAGAUUGAAAUUCUACUUGAAGAGGAGCGGGAGAGAGGGACCAAAAAGGACUGUCAAAUUGAAGAAUUAUUAGAUGCCGAAGGAAUUCUGAAACGGGAACACCAGGAACUGAAUGAUAAGCUAGAAGAAUUGAAACUCGAAAAGGAAGAAGUCAACGACCAGCUUGUCGAAUUUAUUCUUCGGGAGUAUGAGAUGGAAAUUCUACUUGAAGAGGAGCGGGAGAGAGGGACUGAAAAAGACUUUCAAAUUGAAGAAUUAUUAAAUGCCGAAGGAAUUCUGAAACGGGAACACCAGGAACUGAAUGACAAGCUAGAAGAAUUGAAAUUCGAAAAGGAAGUAAUCAACGACCAGCUUGUCGAAGUUCUUCUUCGGGAGAAUGAGAUGGAAAUUUUGCUUGAAGAGGAGCGGGAGAGAGGGACUGAAAAAGACUUUCAAAUUGAAGAAUUAUUAAAUGCCGAAGGAAUUCUGAAACGCGAACAACAGGAACUAAUCGAAAAGCUAGAGAAAGCUCUCCUUCACGGGAAGGAGAUGGAGACUUUACUUGCAGAGGAACAAGAGAGAGGUGCCGAAAAAGAAUGUCAAAUUGAAGUAUUAUUGAAUGCAGAAGGAAUUUUGAAACGGACACAACAGGAACUAAUCGACAAGCUAGAGAAAGCUCUCCUUCAUGGGAAGGAGAUGGAGACUUUAUUUGAAGAGGAACAAGAGAGAGGUGCCGAAAAGGAAUGCCAAAUUGAAGUAUUAUUAAAUGCAGAAGGAAUUUUGAAACGGGAACAACAGGAACUAAGCGACAAGCUAGAGAAAGCUCUCCUUCAUGCGAAGGAGAUAGAGACUUUACUCGCAGAGGAACAAAAGAGAGGUGCCGAAAAGGAAUGUCAAAUUGAAGUAUUAUUAAAUGCAGAAGGAAUUUUGAAACAGACACAACAGGAACUAAGUGACAAGCUAGAGAAAGCUCUCCUUCACGGGAAGGAGAUGGAGACUUUACUUGCAGAGGAACAAAAGAGAGGUGCCGAAAAGGAAUGUCAUAUUGAAGACUUAUUAGAAAUAGAACGAAAUCUGCGAUUGCAACAGCAAGAACUAAAGAAAAUAAAUGCAAAGCAGAGGGAGCAAUUGUUGGAGGAAUGGAAGGAGGUUGCUCUCCAACACGAGAAGGAGAUAGAAAGUUUGUUGAACGGAGCAAAAGAAAAGCAAAGAAACAUGAACAUCUUGAAGGAACAGUUGCAGAACAAGGAUAAUCAAAUAAAAAAAUCAUUACUCCGAAUUGAGAAACUGAAAGGUGAAAUUCAAAUGUUGGAACAAAAAUUGGCAAGCACCCGGAAAGAAGGUGAGAUGAGAUAUCUUGAGAUGGUGCAAAGAGAAAAAGAACAAAUCGAAAUUAGCUUAUCCUGGCAGCUGAAGUUUGAGGAAAGCAACAACGAAGUGGAGAUCUUGAGACAAUGUGAAAAAGACCUCCGAGAAAAAGUGAAGGAGUGCGAGAGAGAACUGGAAAAUGCAGCCAUUCAAGCAAAGGCGUUGGAAAAUAAGGUCAGCCUUUUGGAAGAUAAGUUAAAGGAAAACUAUAUACUUUUGAAGGAUAAAGAGGAAGAGAAGAGGGAAAAAGACAGCGAAAUAAAGAGGCUGCUAGAGCAGGACAGAGAGCAGCGAAGACUACAAGAAGAAACCUUGAGGAAUGAAGAUAGAUAUAUGUUGAUGACACUUCUACAUGGAAUUGCUGAGCGGAAUUUCCAUCUCGAGCACAUUGCAAAUGAGCAUGGAAACGAAAAUGAGAGAGACGAGGAAAUGUUUGAUCACAUGCUUAAAAGAAAAGAACAGCAGUUCUGCAUGGCCCAACAGGAGAAGAACUAUUACUUGAAAGAAUGGGGUGACUUAACCCAGGUGUUGGAAGAUUUAAUAUGUGAAAAUGAAAGAGUGCUGGAAGGAUGUUUGAAUAAAAACGUAGAAGUUAAAACUUUUGAGGAUGAGGACGAAUUUGAUGAUACAUCUGGUGGAGAAUCUCAAGAGCAAACUAAUGAUGGCCCACUGGAUGAGAUGGAUGAUGAUUCAGAUGAAGAAUUUGGAGAUGAUGAGGGAGAUAAUUAUUCUCGUGAUGAAUCUGACAACAGUUUUGGUGAAGAAUCAGAAGAUGAAUGGGAUAAAGAUUCUUUUGAGGAGCUUGAGAAUGAAGGAACCUAA